CCGCCACAUUUUCUCUCCCUUUGCUCGAUCGAAUCCCGCUUCGGAUAAUUCAAUGGCUACCACUCCUCUCUCCCCCUCCACCGCCGCCGCCGCCGCCGCCGCCGCAACCUCCGCCGCAGGCCGCCACCUACCCUCCGCCAAGCCCCCUCCCUACAGCCUUCCCGUCACGGUUACGCGGCCGAGAACCAGCUCCAACAGGCCAGUGACUAAGCUCCACGUCUCCUCCUCCUCCUCCGAAACCGCCGCAGCCGCAGCCACCACCGCCGCCGCCGCCCAGCCGAAGGAGGAGACCGUCUUCUUCGACGGCGGGGCCCACUACGGCGACCUGGCGGUGAACCUCCUGCUGGGGUUCACGCUGCUGUGGCUGCCGCUGACGCUGGCGGCGGUGUCGCGGGCGUUCUACCUCCGGUACCGGUUCACGAACCUGCGGGUGACGGUGGUGUCGGGGCUGACGGGGCAGGACCGGAGCGACUUCUCGUACAAGGUGAUCGAGGACGUCCAGGUGGUGCCGCGGUUCAUCGGCGAGUGGGGCGACAUCGUCAUCACGCUGAAGGACGGCACCAAGGUCGACCUCCGGAGCGUGCCCAAGUUCCGGGAGAUCGCCAAGUACUGCUUGGCCAUGGCCGAGAAGGCCGUCGUCUUGAAGGAGGAGGGCCCUAAGGGCUUUUGAGGUUUAACUCGAUAUAUAUAAAUUGACCUUUUAUCUCGUUUUAUUCGAAGUAUGUAGACUUUUUUGGCCAUUAUAAUACGUAGAUAAAAGGAAUUUUCUUUCUAUUUUUUUCAUUGCCUAGUCCGGCUGAUGAUCAUGUGAUUGCUACCUUCUAUGUGACCGAAUUGUUUUUCCCUCCCUUUCUUGUAAAUCGACAUGUAACAUUUGUGUUGCUUGGUCUUUGCACCGAGACGGCUUUUGCUAUUGUUACAGCGGGAUUAUUGGAGGAACAAAUUUAUUUC